UCAAAAAAAAAAAAAAAAAAAAGCCUCUAUUCCAUUCCAGAAGAUCACAGCAGAUAUGCAAAAAAUAAAAAGCCUUCAGAGUCUUCCUGUGAAACUCAAAGUCCACUGUUAUCACAGCCUGCCUGGCCUUCUGUGGCUCUUUGUCCUGGCCCAUUGCUGUCCUCCUGCUCCCAUUCUAGCCAGACGGCCUUGACUGUACCCUCGGGCCUCCUCUCUACCUGCAUGGCAUUGCCUGCCUCCAGGCUAUUAAUGGCUGCCCUCACUUCAUUCAGAAAAAGAUCUAGAGCAUCUUUCUAAAAUACCCACCCCUUCCUUCUAGAAGUCUGUAUCUUCUUAACUUGAGUUAGUUUUCCUCAUAGCAACUGUUUCCUAAUAAUAAAUGUUAUGUUUGUUUUUCUUGUUGGUCUGUCUACUCUGGCUAAGAACAGGCUCCCUGAGGUCAGGGGCUUUCUCUGUUUGGUUCACUGAUGUGUCCUUGACAUCUGGUAGGUGCUCAUGGACUAUCUAGGAAUGAAUGAAUAAAUCAGAUUUUCCUGCUACCCCACAAAUAAAGCAAAAAUAUAGAAAUAAAUGGAAUAAUGAGGCUGAUUAAAAAGCUUGGGCUCAGGGGUCAGACUUGGGCAAGUGGCCUAAGGUCACCCCCUAGUAAGUGGACGUAGCGUGGGGUCUCUAAAUACAGAGCAUCUUUGGGUUGCUGCAGGGGCCGGCAUUGACUGCCGUGUGAGUCAUUUCUUCUUUUUCCUUCAUCAGGUACAUUGUUCCUCUGAAAAGCAUUGUCCAGGUCAGAAUGACAGGAAUCUCUCUGUGCAGACCGCUGUCUGUGGGACCUUUGAAGACAGUCAAAUAGUGUUCAAUUCUAUAGGGGUCUUCUCUGGAUCGAGCAAUGGUGGUGAAAAAUGUUUCGCAAAGGCAAAAAACGACACAGUAGUAGCAGUUCCCAAAGUAGUGAAAUCAGUACUAAGAGCAAGUCUGUAGAUUCUAGCCUUGGGGGUCUUUCACGAUCCAGCACUGUGGCCAGCCUCGACACAGAUUCCACCAAAAGCUCAGGACAAAGCAACAGCAAUUCAGAUACCUGUGCAGAAUUUCGAAUAAAAUAUGUUGGUGCCAUUGAAAAACUGAAACUCUCUGAGGGAAAAGGUCUCGAAGGACCCUUGGACCUGAUAAAUUAUAUAGAUGUUGCUCAGCAAGAUGGAAAGUUGCCUUUUGUUCCUCCGGAGGAAGAAUUUAUUAUGGGAGUUUCCAAGUAUGGCAUAAAAGUAUCAACAUCAGAUCAAUAUGAUGUUUUGCACAGGCAUGCUCUCUACUUAAUAAUCCGGAUGGUGUGUUACGAUGAUGGUCUGGGGGCAGGAAAAAGUUUACUGGCUCUGAAGACCACAGAUGCAAGCAAUGAAGAAUACAGCCUGUGGGUUUAUCAGUGCAACAGCUUGGAACAAGCACAAGCCAUUUGCAAGGUUUUAUCCACUGCUUUUGACUCUGUAUUAACAUCUGAGAAACCCUGAAUCCUGCCAUCAGGUGGAAGUCAACUUCAUCUGAAACUUCAGUUGUUUUCAAUCUGCAAUACUGAACCGUUAGGGAAAUAAUGAAGUCAUCCCUUGCUCUGGAUUUUCUGAAGAAAAUGCAUUGUGUAAAAUGCUGAUCAUUUGUUUAUUAAAAUGUGUCACAUUACACGGUGAGUUAACUCUC